CUCUCUCUCUCUCUCUCUCUCUCUGCAACCUCACUCUUCUCCUCAUUCUCUCACUUCUUGUACCGUGCCUAUGCUCGCCAUCGCCAUUCACCAUUCACCAUUCACCAUUCGCCAUUCACCAAACAACAAUGCUAUAGCAGGAAUAGGAAUCUGCGUGCGUGACCCUUGCUUCACUUUUCAGACCACCCUCUUCACUUUUUUGACCAUCGCUCCCCAAAGUUGCCAUUAGAGUGUGAGAUCGAGAGUUAUUGAAGCCACAGUGAGUCAGUGACCUUUCUUUGGCUCAAGCCUUUGUCUGACACAGUGGAGUGGAGAGGCAAGAAAUUGAAGGAUAUGUUGAAUAUGAGAAAGAGACUAGCAUGCUGUUCAAGGGACUCCAAAAUUAGCAUCGAUCUUGAUGAGCAAGAGAGGAUUAUGACAUAUAAUGGCCUUGAGAGUUGCAUGCUAAACAACCAGUCUUACGAAGAGGAAAGUAGAACAAGUAGAGGAGAUGAAUGUAUAACUGAUUCAUUUGAUGACGACUACUCCAGCUGUUCCUCCAGCAAAGAUGCUUUUGGAUCAUUCUCUUCAAAAUGUUUGACAAUGAAAAGGGAUGAUAAAGGAGUGGAAGAAUGGGAACUCUCAGAAAGUCCUCAACGUUUUUGUGUCAAAGAGAAGCCUUAUGCUAUCCAACAUUCAGAUAUAGAAGCCAUGAAGGAAAAAUUUUCAAAGCUUUUGCUAGGUGAAGAUGUUACAGGAGGAACUAAGGGCCUCAAUACAGCUUUGGCUCUAUCUAAUGCCAUCACAAACCUAGCAGUGACAGUUUUUGGUGAGCUGUGGAAAUUGGAACCACUAUCUGAAGAAAGGAAGAGAAAAUGGAAAAGAGAAAUGGAAUGGUUUUUGUCUCCUACCAACUAUAUGGUCGAGCUAGUUCCUUCUAAGCAAAGCAGUUCCAAUGGUGGGAUCUUUGAGAUAAUGACCCCAAAAGCUCGUGCAGACAUUCACGUGAAUCUUCCAGCACUUCAGAAGUUGGACUCUAUGCUCAUUGAGGCACUAGAUUCGAUGGUGAAAACGGAGUUUUGGUAUGCUGAGGGAGGAAGCUGGGCAGAAGGGAGGAACACAAAUACACAGCAUAGCAAAAGAUGGUGGCUUCCAUCACCCCAAGUACCAAAAAGUGGUCUUUCUGACACUGAAAGAAAGAGGCUGCUUCAUCAGGGUAGGGUGGUACGUCAAGUAUUCAAGGCUGCCAAAUCUAUCCAUGAAAGUGUGUUGCUUGAAAUGCCUGUGCCAGAUAUUAUUAAAGCUGCAUUUGCAAAGUCUGGAAAGGCAAAUCUUGGUCAGGAACUUCACAAGGUUUUGACGGCUGAAUCAAGCUCUGGAGAUGAUAUGCUUAAAUCUCUCAACUUGAAAUCUGAACAUAUUGUCCUUGAGACUGUUAACAGACUGGAAGCUGCUAUAUUCUCAUGGAAAGAGAGAAUUGCAGAACACAUUAAUGGCAAAUCCCCGGUUCGAUCCUCAUGGCCGUCUUUUGUAAAGGGUCCUAUGUCAGAGGUUGAUAAAAUGGAGUUAUUAUUGGAUCGAGCAGAAACACUUCUACAGCUUCUCAAAAUCAGAUACCCAAACCUUCCUCAAACAUUUCUGGAUGCUACCAAAGUUCAAUAUGGCAAGGAUAUUGGGCAUUCCAUUUUGGAGGCAUAUUCAAGAGUUCUAGGAAAUUUAGCAUUCAGCAUAUUGUCUAGAAUAGGAGAUAUAUUGCAGGAGGAUUAUUUAAGCAACCCUAAUUCACCUGUCCCAAUAAAUUGCUCUCCUGGCAUAAAUAUCUCUGAGACUUGGGUAGUUGGUUCACAUAUCAGGCAGUCCUUACUUGAUAAGAUGAACAAGGCAGGUGGAAAAUGCCGUGAUUCUAGUUGUUAUAGCACUUCUGAUUUAGAACUUUCAUCUAUGGAUGCCAAAUCCAGCUCUGUAAUUAGUAGAGUUUUCUACUAGUAUGUCUCCUUAAAAUUCCUCAUAUUGGCUUUUGUUUAGCCACAUUUGUAAAUGUUUAGCCCAUAGUGGCUAUUGAUAUUACUACAUGACAUGCUUAGUAAGAAUAGAAGCAAACUGAUAGGUUUGCCUUCCCAUAAA